AUGUGUGCGGCGGUUUUAUGCCCGGGCAGCGGGGGCGGAACGGCCGAAGGGAAUAGAAGUUCGGAGCGGCCGGGCGACCCGCCGGCGUCCGCCGCACCGCCGGGACCGGGAUCGCGACCGGAUCCGAAUUUAAAUCAGGCUAAUCGCAAGGAAGGAGGGCCGCCGCCGCCAUCGGGCGAUUGCGAAUUUCGGAUCGACUCCCGCAUGCCGCCCGCUUCGCUCCAACCGAACCGAGCCGCCUUUCCUUUCAUUGCGACUUUGGCGACGCGUCCGGCCGGUCGACGUCGAGGGCGAGACGAAUCGCGACGCACGGGUCGUCCAGUGAUGACGGCGAAAAACAAGAAGCCAUCGGAACCGAGACGAGCCAACAAGCCUUUGAUGGAGAAGAGACGCCGCGCCAGGAUCAACCAGAGCCUGGCGGCGCUGAAGACGCUGAUCCUCGACAGCGCCAAGGCGGACAACACCAAGCACUCCAAGCUGGAGAAGGCGGAUAUCCUGGAGUUGACGGUGAGGCACUUCCAGAGGCACCGCAGCCUGGACGUGAAGGGAGUCAACCAGUACAAGGCCGGGUACGCGGACUGCGUGCGGGAGGUGCAGCGGUACUUGGAGACGCCGGACGCUCAGACGAUGACCGUGAUUGAUUCCGGCGUGCGCCAGAGGCUGCUCAGGCAUUUGGACAACUGCGUUGCUGAAGUCGACGUCGAUCUGAAGCAGGUGAAUUUACCUCCUCCUCUGGUUGAGGAGCGGUCCGAUUCCAACCAUUUGGUGGAGGUUAACAACAAUCGAUCGAAUCGGCUUUUGGACCAACCGGAUGGUGAGGAUUCCACCAAAUCGUCCAAGAACUACGACGGGAAUUACGUCCUGUUAUUACCUCAGCAUUACGUGCAAUUGGCCAGCGCUCUGGGUGUUAAUCUCAGGUCGCAAAGUGAUAGUGUGUCUAGUCCAAGUACGUCGGGUUGUGAAAAUGUCGAAGCCCUCAAGAAGAACGAGGAUCCUAUAGACUUUAGCGGAAAGAACAACGAAAAUGGUGAUAUGUGGCGACCGUGGUAAAAAUAAACUACAUCAUAAUGACACUGGAAAUCUAGGAUUUGUGCAAUUUCACUGAUCUUCAUUAUUGUGUAGUUGCGAAUUGGUUUAAGUUUUGUUGUAAUUUUGAUUAUCCGAAACUGUGAUUUUAUUUUAAGACUCCAAUGUUAAUCGAAUAAUUUGGUUUUAAAUUAUGAAUUGUAAAUUUUUGCUCAUUUAAUUUUGUAUUCAGCUCAAAUUUCGUUGACUUAUACGUGAAUUGCUCAAAUUUUAAGAAACCUAUAUGUAAAAAAAAUCAUUUACAACAAAAGUACGGGAAAAACAUUGUUCCCGUAACUCUUUCUUCUCCACUCUGUCGUUCGUGUGCAACCGCCUAUAGAAAUUUGCACCUAAAAGACGGUGUUUUUCCUGCAAUUUGACGAUCAUUUUUUGCUUAGGUUUGGGAUUCACUCGUACGCAAAACUGUACAGCAACACAUUGUGAUUGUAAAAAAAAUUAGUCGACCUUUAUUAGAAAAUUUUUCAUUCGGAACUUCCGUCGAAGUCGUUCCGGCAAAAUCGAUUUUAUUCGGACGGAUAAAAUCGUUUCGCAAUUUUGUACAUAACGUUGUAAAAAAUAUUUGAGACUGCAGAAUUCGAUAUGUUGUUUAUUUGUAAGUUAAUUUAUGUUAGUUG